AUUAAAUGUUGUCUUUUGCAAAUAGGUCUUCCAACGACACUGAGGAUUCACACCCUGCACACAGUCAUUCUGUUUCCAGCCACUUGCAACAGCCUAACGGAAAAAAACAAUGGAACUUAUUCAAAGUGAAAUGGCAAAGAAGAAUGAAAAAAACUCAAAAGUGGCACUGAAAACAUCUCCAUUAACACAGAACCUUUUGCGAAGAGGGUACAAGUAUUUGACAAACUCAGAUGGUCUGCCCCACUGGGAUACAAGCGAAGACGUCCUCAGUUCCAAAAAUUCCACUCUAACAAAGAAAAUGAAAGAAUACGUGAAAGGGGGGAAUCCAGACAUCUCCAGUGAAGAAAUAUGUGCUCAGCUCACCGCUACCACCCCUGCGCUGACUCAGGAGGGCGAAGAUGAACACACACUGUCCUCCGAAGCGUGUGUCGUCAGCCGACUGCUUUUUUUCACACUGCGGACUCACCGUGCAGCCACCCAAGAGCUACAGCAUCGGAGGACAACGCAGCUCUCGGGCAGCUUACAGGCAAGCCCGCAGGCGCCCGGCCAGACUACAGGGGUCGCUGGUGCGUGGCGAGCCAAGGACACCCUGGCCGACCUAACCCUCCCUCCCUCCCCCGGGCGACGCUCGGCCAAUUGUGCGCCGCCCUCUGGGAGUUCCCGUCCACGGUCGGCCUGGACUCGAACUCGUGACGUCCAGACUAUAGAGCCCCCUUAAACAGUACAUUUCUAAUAAGAUAGUGGAAAUCGUUUAAGCAACUAAUGUAUGUCAAAAAAUAUUAUAGGAAUGUUGGUGUUUCUAAUGCAUUUCAAUUAAAAACCGGACAUUAGGGUGUCCGAGCUUGUUAAUUCCUGCCACCCGGGCACACAUGCCAAUUCCCAGACAGUCUGGUCAAACCAGACUGGUGGCAACCCUAACUCUGGGAGAUGGUGUUGAAUUCUCAGAAUGCUCUGCAACCCCAGUAUAAACAACAACACACAUUCACCCCACUCAUUCACUCACUCCCCGUUCCAUUAAAAUAACAUAAUAAAUAAAAUCAAAUGAAUACCAAGCAGGCUUUUUUAGUCUAUCCUUCAUGCAAUACAGUACAAAACAAACCAUGAUGAUGCAUUGUAGGUUUCACAUUGUUGUAGAACACGUAGAUAAUAAAAUAUUAUUUAAAAUUGAAACUAAAUUAUUUAAGCAUAUUUUCUUUUAUCUUUCUCAUAUUUGUAUCCCUGCUGCCACCAGCUCCUUCACCAGUUGUCAAUAGAAUAAAUACUGUGUGCAACUUCAGAAAUGUUGCCAUCCCACAAUUUGUAUGCUAAUUUGAAUUUUUCCGGUAUUUUUGCUUCUAAUUAGUUAGUAAAUAGGGCGUGACACUUUGGGAAAUAUGAUGCGCAGUCAUCUCAAUUUUCCUCCCGCAAUUCUGGCCAAAUUACUGCAGCUUAGUAAAUGAGGCCUUUAACCUUCUUGUGCUCGGUUCUUUGGAUGAAACCGAGGUCCAAUUGUAAAUGACUCUGCAGCAGUUAUGCUGCAUAAUUCACCACCAAGUCUCUGUAGGUCGCUUUGGAUAAAAGCCUCUACUAAAUAAUAACUAACAAAUUCAACACUGAAAAUGUUGAGAAAGACUUCUAGAUAGAAGUCAUGUCUGUUGGACUGUUUCAAAAUUGUUUUCACAGUUACAUUAAACAUAGCGCUCUUUUUUUCAGUAUAUUGUAGCAACAUGGCGUCGGCGAGUAAAGCAGAGGCAAGUGCUAGACUCCAACAAGAGCUUUAUUGAAGAAGCCAAAAUAAUAGAAGUGCAGGAACAGGAACAAUGCUCUUUUUAUCUGGCCCAAUCAUACAGCUGCUGGUCAGCUCAAAAGAGGGCUCUUUAUAGCUCUGGGGUCCCCAGUUCUAACCAACUGUAACACUCCCUCGACACAUCACACCCAAAUCAGCCAUUCUGAGCAGAGACGAAUUGCAACAUUUUAUAACAUUCAUGCAAAAGAAGCAUUGAAACAGAGCACUUACAAUUGGUCAAUCCCACACAGUCUUUCAAUUCUUAGUGCCUCUCCGCUACAUUAUAGAUGCUGUGUGAAAACAAAUUACGAGCAAAAAAAUGUUAUUAUUAUUUGAAAGAUUGGACAACGUGUUAAUUUAGUUUAGAGAAAUAAUGCAGUUUCUCCCAGUAACUUUACAGUGCUAAAUACAUUAAUAGGAAAGAGUAUACAACCUGAUACUAGGUGUUGUAUUGGUUAAAAGAAAAGUGAAUAAAAUCUUCCUUCUCCUUGUUACCCGCUUGUCAAUACUGUAUGCUACUUUGUGUGACGAGGUUAGAGAAAAACUGCAUUCAUUCUCGGCAGCAGUGUGGAGUAGUGGUUAGGGCUCUGGACUCUUGACUGGAGGGUUGUGGGUUCAAUCCCCAGUGGGGGACACUGCUGUUGUACCCUUGAGCAAGGUACUUUACCUAGAUUGCUCCAGUAAUAACCCAACUGUAUAAAUGGGUAAUUGUAUGUAAAAAUAAUGUGAUAUGUGAAAUAAUGUAUAAUGUGAUAUGUUGCACAUGCUGAACGUCUAAUGUGAUAUGUUGUAACAAUUGUAA